AUGCCUGGCUUCGCGGACUCCUUCUGGACCCCCGAUUAUGCCACUGGCCUCGGGGUUCUGUAUGGGAAGUUGCAACAGGGAGUUACGGAAAACAGGCAGAUAUUGACCAUUGCGUCUCUGCGCGCAGAUGCGGAGGAGCAAUAUGGUCUCCGCAUGGGUGAUAUCGCGCCAAGUGUCGAUCGCAUGACUGCGACGGGCUUUGGCAAAGAUGACGGAGCCAGUGUGAGAAAGGCAUACGAAGGUAUCCGAACCGAGAUGGUCGAGGCCUCCCGCAACCACCAGAAAAUCGCCAGUAACAUUCGGGAACUUGUCGUGGCACCCUUUCGCCGAUGGAGCGACGGCCACGACUUCCGUGUUCAGACCUCGCAUGAUACCCUCCAGGCACGGAUUAAGGAACACUCGAAGCAAGUGGAGGUGGUGAAGAAGUUGCGGAGCCACUACUUUAACAAAUGCCGUGUGGUCGAGGACCUCGAAGAGGAGAACAAACUUGCGUUCCAGGACCCCGAAUCCAGCCCGAAGGUCAAACCUACACCGAAGAUUGUGCUGCCUGCCGAGGAAGAGCCCGAGGAGGAAGAAGAACCCGUUGAGUUGGGAGAUCGGGUCUAUCCGCCAGAGGAGAUCAAGGGACUCUUGCUCCACAUGCUUAACAACAUCAAGUUGGGCGAGUCAAAGGUGCCUAUCAUUGGCACGUAUCAGAACACAUCCACUGGUGCGGAUAUCGUCGAGUAUCUCCAGAAUCAUAUGGGUGCCACCAACCUCGCCCAGGCGGAGCAUCUUGGGCAGGAACUGGUCGACAACGGCUUCCUUCGCUUGAUCGGUAAUAUGGGCAACACAUUCGCCAACAGCUCGAAAAUGAACUACCAAUGGCGCCCUAGGGUGUUCGAGAUUACUGGUAUCCCUGAAAAGAAGCGGCCCUUGAUGCGCGUCACAUCGGUGGCUUCUAGCGAGGACGGAAGUGGAAGCGAUUCGCCUAUCGCAUCUGUCUCCGAAAUGAUUGCUGGCUGGAACCCAUUGAAUAACCCAUAUCCGAACGAGACACCCUCCGAGAAGCUGCGGAGCGAGGCUGGUGAGGCUGAUGAGCGUUAUAAGGGAGCUAUCCGCCGACUGGAUCAAAUCCGGUGCCGCUUGGAGGAGGACGUUAUUGAUAACUUGCGCUUCAUGGAGCAGUGUGAACUUGAUCGUCUCAAGGCUAUCAAGGCUGUUGUGCUCGACUUCUCUGGCGCCAUCAGCAAUGUCAUUCCCAACCUUCAGAGUACCGUCGAUAACAUGAUGCUGUAUCAAGAAACGAUUCAGCCCCUAGGAGAUUUGCGUUAUCUUCUGGAGAACUAUCGCACCGGUGGCUUUGUCCCUCGUGUACAGGCGUAUGAAAACUACUACGGCUCUGUCGAAGAACAAAACUUCGGUGUCGAUCUUGAGGCCAGAGCUCGGGUUGACCGUAAACGUGUCCCCAUUCUGGUGACUACGAUUUUGACUUAUCUUGAUAAUCAAUAUCCCGAACUCGAGGGUGAUGACGCUCGGCGUGGAAUCUGGCUUCAUGAUUCCUCGUUGACUACGAUCCACCAGCUGCGUUCUGCCCUGAACAACAGCAAAGUGGAUUACCGCGAAAUCCUGCCGAAAUUUGAGAUACCCAUCGUUGCUAGCGUUUUGAAAUUGUACCUCCUUGAAUUGCCAGACUCUCUUGUUUCUUCUCAAGUCUACGAAAUCGUCAAGACCAUCUAUUCCACCACAGCUCACGAGACCACGGAAGAGGGACGGAUCAAGGUCCUGCAAAGCACGCUUGGACAACUCCGUCUCGUUAACAUCGCCACGCUUGAUGCCAUCAUGACCCACUUCACACGCCUGCUUGACCUGACUUCAGCCGACGAGCAGUAUACUACCUCCCUCGCUCAAAAUCUCUCCGCCUGCGUCCUUCGUCCUCGCUUCGACAGUAGCCUGACCAUGGACGAGCGCCACGCCUAUCGACUGAUUCGCGAUUUGUUUGCCCACAAAGAUGUCAUUUUCGGUGAGCUGAAGCGCCAGUCAAGUGCACUGGGUAUCUCCACAUCCAGCCGCCCUCGUGCCAUCAGCACCGAUGAGAGCAACCGCCGUGCAGCAAUGGAAGCCCGUCAACGAGCCAUUGCCAGCAAGAGCCGAGCCACAAGUCCCGCUCCUCGCCAACGACACCGCCGUGACCGAUCCAGCGGCGCCUCUGAAUCUACCCGCUUCCCAAUCAAUGUUACAAGCCCACAAGAGCGUCGCACCCCAAUCGCCCCAGUCCGUACUAGCCUCGACGUGCCCAACGAACCCCCCUCUUCUGCCGAGCACCCCACCGUCAAUACACAGUCGGAGGAAGUCGAGUUCGCAACCGCCAUGAACGGUACCGGCCUGGUCGACUCUCCUAGUGAAGUCCUCGAGAGUAAUGCCUCCUCUGGCUCUAUCAGCCCUCCCUUGCCAGAGACAGCCUCCGACGGCUCGCCAACACCAACCCCCACGCCCGCCCCAACAUCCUCUGAAUUCGAAAAGCGCAGCUCCGUCCCCCGCUCCAGCGCUCGCUAUGCCCGUAAGCCCGGCCUGGGCAGUCUCUCCAAUUUCCCUACCACAGCUACCGCCGGAACGGAUAGCAACCGGAGUAGCAUUGUCGAGGAACCCAAGGGCGUGACUCUGGAGGAUAAGCCCAUGGACGAUUAA